UGGUAUAACAAAGGUUUUGGGUAACUAAAACCAAAACCCUGUCGGCGCGUGAAUGACUGAAUUGGACUGGACCGUCGUUCGUUCCGAUUCUUCAUUUCUCGAUUCUUCUUCCACUCAAAUUUCCAGAGCAAAAUCCCAAAUUCGAAAUUUUCAGAAUCCACUUCACAAAACGCUGACGCCUCUGACAUUAUGCGCAAAUUGAGCUUGCUAGGCCUGUGCCGGAGGCGUUUGGUUUCGUCAUUGGCCGGAGAAUCGCCCAUUCAUCAACGGAGGCUUUGCUCGGUGACCGAGGCAUUGUAUCGAACACAAGGUUUGAGCAGCUCUUCUGGUUCCGUAGCUGGUUUCGCUACUUCGUUUGGGAAUCGUUAUUUCCAUGCGUCAGGGUUUUGCUGCGCACCGGAACGAGACUACUACGAAACUCUUGGCGUUUCUCGGAGCGCAAGCAAAGAUGAGAUUAAGAAGGCUUUUCGCACGCUGGCCAAAAAAUACCAUCCUGAUGCAAACAGGGACAAUCCUUCUUAUAAGAGAAAAUUUCAAGAGAUAAGAGAAGCUUAUGAGACAUUGCAAGAUCCUGAAAAGAGGGCAGAAUAUGACAUGAAGCAAUCAAGUGGGUAUACUACUGGUGAUGCAGAAGGUUUUAGAUAUAAUUAUCAAACACAUGGUUCUACUGCUGAUGCAGAGGGGUUUGGACAUGGUUUUAAACCUCAUUUCUCCAGUUCAUUUCAUAAAAUAUUCUCAGAGAUCUUUGAACAUGAAUUCGAUCAAGUUGCACCUGACAUUCAGGUGGAGCUGUCUCUCUCUUUUUCUGAAGCUGCUAGAGGAUGCACAAAGAAUCUGUCUGUCACUGCACAUGUUCCCUGCGAUUCUUGUGAUGGGCGUGGCUAUCCACUAAAGGCCAAGACAAAAGUGUGUCCUAUUUGCAGAGGUAUUGGGAGAGUUACAAUUCCUCCGUUCACAUCAACAUGCAGUACUUGUAAAGGGUCAGGCCAAAUAAUCAAGGAACAUUGUAUGUCAUGUGGAGGAUUAGGGAUAGUUGAAGGUGCAAGAGAGGUUGAAGUUACCAUCCCAGCAGGUGUGGAUUCUGGAGAUACAAUCCGCGUACCAGAGGCUGGGAAUAGUGGGCCACGGGGAAGUCAGCCAGGUUGGUUAUACAUUAAGCUAAAGGUUGCUGAAGAUCCUGUUUUUGUUAGAGAUGGUGCAGAUGUUUAUGUGGACUCUAAUAUCAGCUUUACUCAAGCUAUUCUUGGUGGUAAGGUUGAGGUGCCAACUUUAACCGGGAAGACAGAAGUAAAAAUACCAAAGGGGGUUCAGCCUGGAGAACACAUUGUACUAAGAGGCAAAGGACUACCGAAGCAUGGUUUCCUAGUUCACCAUGGAGACCAAUAUGUUCGCUUUCGAGUCCAGUUUCCGACUAAAAUAAAUGAACGUCAACAUGCAAUAUUAGAAGAAUUUGUGAAGGAGGAGAUAAUUCAUGGAAACAGCAACUCCAACGAUACAGACUGGCUUUAUCAGCAGCUAUCUACUGGUUGAACUUACAGGUUUCAGCGGAUAAUUGAACGUGUUAUGGGUCAGAGAUUUGUGCUUAAUUUCUCGAUAUUCUUAUUGAUCCUUUUUUUGCUGAGCAAAACCACGGGCUGACUGUUGGCGCAAGGCGAUUCGAUCAAGAUACAUAGGCCAAUUGUCAUUGCUGUAGAGAUUUGCUGACUUUUCCAUUCUUUGGAGUUCUGUUUAUCGAAGGUACCAAUUUUAUUCCCACACCCCAAGUUAUUGGCAUAGUUCAUUGUCUGCACAUUGCUUUUCCUUUUAUUUAGUCUACUACUUUCUCAUUUUACAAUGUUCUUCCAAAAAAUGGUUGAAUAGAAGUGGCUACCUUAAGUUUAACAAGUGAUUGUCUUGUAUAAUUAUCUAGAAAUCUUCACACUGAAUCUCAUUUGAUUGUCAUUUUUUUUUUUUUUCACAAGUUACAGAGAAUUUGAUGAGGAACCUAGAUAAUUAGCGAAUCCUCAUUGCCCUUGGAAACUUUGAGAUGUUUUGGUUUUAAAAUUUGAUGGUAUCCUUGGCAUAAAAAAUUGGGUUGUGAAAGCAGUCUCCUCUAUGCCAAUUAAGCUUAGACAUCAGGCUGCGUAGUAUUUACUUUGACUUUCUUGUUACAGUAAAUGCAACCUUGAUUUAUAAUUGUUGUGAGAGUAAUUGCUUUUAGCAGUGUCCAUAUUUCCAUUUAAAACUUCUGAUGAAAGAUGUUCCUAGUAUCACAGUUUUACAGUCGUUGAUGUUGAGCAAAUAAUGUUAGUAUCUGAUAUGGUAGUGAUAUUAUUAUUAGUCUAUGAAACAGUUUGCUGUGAAAUUAUUUCUUGGAAGCAGAGGUAACACCUUUUUAGCAGUGGUGUGCACUUUCUUACCUGUGUUACCAAAGAAUUGAGAAUGUGCUUUAGUCGGAAACAGCACUUCUGUGCUGCAUGAAAUAAAGUCUCCUUGACACAUUAUCAUUGUGGCGGACUUGAAAAUCUGGGUCUCUGGACAUCGUUUGCCACAUUUUAUGUCAUUGUGUUUGAGCUGUUUUGAGCAUUAGUGUCUUUGAAGCUUAACUCUUUUCCCUCGUCAAUUGCAUUUGCACUUUCAUUUGCAUCCCACAUUACUUGAUUUACCCUUGAUUUG